GGGACGCGGGACGCGGCUUUGUGCAGGCGGGUCGCGGGGCGCCCAUGGCGGAGUGCGGCCGGGGGGGCGCCGCCGGCGGGGCCCUGCCCACCUCCCCGGGCCCGGCCCUCGGCGCCAAGGGCGCCCUGAAAGCCGGAGCUGGGGAAGGCGGCGGCGGCGGCGGAGGUCGCCUCGGCCACGGGCGGGCGCGCUGUGACAGCGGCGGGGUUUCCAACGGAGACUGCAGCCUCGGCGUGUCCGGGGAUGAAACCCCGGCCAGUCCGGCCAGGGGACCCCGUGGCGUGGCGCUCGCCCCGACAACCAGUCCAGCCGUCUGUCCCCUCCCCCGGGAGAGCAAGCCGGGCGGCCUGCCCCGCCGGAGCAGCAUCAUCAAGAUGCCAUUGUAACCUCUGCUGGAGCCUCAGGAGACUGCCUUCUGUGCCAAAACUUGGACUUUACAUUUACACCUUUCUCCUCUCUGCUUGGAAUUUCUCCUAGUCAUGUCUGAGUUCUUCAAAUAAUCACCUCCCACUUAGAAUGAAGUGGGUUUUUUGCUUUUUUUUUUCCUGCCUUCCAAUCACCAGUCUCCCAGUACCUCCAUACUGCCCCACCUCCUUCAUAGGCAACUGCGUUUUAUUCACCUCGAGUUUGUGAAAACACCUAGUUUAAUGUCUUGCAGACAGCAUGCAUUAAGUAUGUAUUUGUGGAACAAAUGUGUGAGUGAAUGAGUAAGCAGAGAUGAAUGACAGCUCAUCUUAUGGGUCUGAUGAAGAUGGUGUUAUGUGUCACUUCAGUGGGUUUCGAUUGAAAUGUAGAACUCAGUGGGCUGUGUACAUCAAAGAAGAAAUUUAUCUCAUGUACAUAAGUUUGGAGACAAUCAGAGGGAAGGAAAUAUCUUCAUUUAAAGUUGGAUCCAGGAGAUUGGAUUUUCUUCUAGAAUUUUCUCCAACAUGUUAAAUGAUGUUAAAUGUUUUAUGCUCCUGAAAUGAGUGGACCUUUGAAAUUUUCUUUUGAUUUAUAUUUUGCUAUCAAAGUUUUAAAAAGUAUGUCAAGAGAGUGUUACUAUUCAUUACAGCACUAGUAUCUUUUCUGGGAUUUUGUUUCUUUAAGAGACACAUGUCACUACACAUGACAUGUAUCACUAUACAAAGCUACACAGUUUUGCUUAUUACUUUUAUUGCAGUAUUGGGGGGUUGAGCCCAGGGCCUCACGCUUGCUAGUUUUUUGUUUAUUUUUAAGGAACUAAAUUACAUGUUUUAGUGGCAUUAAUAUUGGACUGUCAAAAGAUACUAAUUGGGAGUGCUGUGAAUUGAUAAUAAAGAAGAAAAUACCUGAGGACUUUAGAGUAUGAAUCCACAGAGCUGUAGAAGUGUGUCUCUAAUCCCUCAGCGGUUUUUUUUGUUUUAUUAUGCUUUGAAUUCUGUCCUUUGUUGUGAAACAAGGAUUGGAUAAAGAAGAAAUACAAAGAAAUGUUUUCUGUCCACCAUUUCCUGCAUCUCUUACCAGAAACUGCAAGGAGACACUACAUUCUCUUUACAGACAAGGAAACCAGUUCCAUAAAGUGAGAAUCUUCAAAUAAGGUCAUAGAGCUUUGGAAGAGGCAAAACCAACAUUGAGAGCAAGCUUGGAUAUGUUGAAAGUCCAUGUUUUUGACUGCUUUACCACUGCCAUCUACUCCUUGUUCUGAAACUUAUUUUUUGCUUUUUUUCCUCCUGUUUGUCUAAGCCCUUCUGGCUCCUUAACCUUAGAAGUUUCUAUCAGUUCUAAAAUAGAUGACUAAGUUCUAAUGAGAAGAAUUUGUCUUCUUGUGGCUAAAUCUUGGGAGGAGGCUAUGUGUAACUUAGGAUAUGAAGCCAAAGCCAUGGUCCUGGCUACUCUGCCCAGGUUUCUGUCUGAUCCACAGAUCAGGACUUGGACCUUUUUAUUCCCAUUGUCCUUUACUAUGAAUUCAGUAUUCAGGUAUUUUCUUGGAGUACGCUAAAUACACUGAUUUGAAAACUAGAAGUAUUAAAAUCCCAGAAACUAAGCAGCUGGGCUUAAGAGUAAUUAAUCAUGAAGAUUCAUGGGAUUUUUCAGAAUAGAGAGAGAACAUAUAAAAUUCUUUUGUAGUUAGAGAUACACAAGACCAUACUGAUUAGUACAUUUAGCUCCUAUCUAUGGUUGAGUUCAUUUAUUUGCAUAUUAGCAUAACAGAAUUGGAAAAAAAUUGUUAUGUAAUAUUGCAGUAUAUGGUUAUUAAUAGAAUACGAUAUGGUCUUACAGAUAGUUCUUUUUGUGUUUGUUUUUUGCUAUAGAUAGCUGCAUGUGUACACAUUCUACUUGUGUAUGUACAUACUCUGAAGACUCUGCUUAUAAAUAGUAAAGAUCAAGAGCUAACCCAAUAAUGUAGCAGUAGGUUGAUAUGAGCCGUGGGUUGUGAAAGAUUGAUGGGUAGCAGGUGUCUGGUCUCUAAAUUGAAAAUGCCCAGGAAGGGGUAGGUUAUAUUUAUGAGCAUUGCUGAUGAAGCUUCUGUUACUUUUGACCAAUUAGUGUGGCCACAGAGGGAUGAGUGACCUCAUUUGCAGCUAUUGUUAGAAUCACAAGGUAUAUGAUUCUCCCCAUAUGCUUUCCUGCUACCUUUUAUUUUUUAUCUCAGAAAAAACUCUGGUAUCCUGUGGGCACAGUAGAUAUAAAUUUUCAAAUUGUUUUAUGGUUUAAUGUUUAUUCUUGAAGAAAAUAAAAUGAGUUGCUUAGAUUGUUAUUUCUCAGUUAUGCUAGCAGUUUAUAUUAAGUGCCAAUGGAAUUAUUUAGGCAUUUUCAUCUUGGAAGUAAUUGGCUACCUAAUGAAAUAGUUUUAAGGAAAUGUUUAUCUUUGGAGUAUUUGAUGGUUUCUUGAAAGAAAUAUGUGCGCUAUUUUAAGGAUUUCUUUGUUUUAUGUAUAUUGCCAUAAAUAAUUUUCUAUGCAUUAAAAAUACUGUUAGGGCCAGGCAGCCUGUAAUCAUAGCUACUUGGAAGGCAGAGAUUGGGGAGAUUGCUGUUUAAGGCCAGCCCAGGCAAAAAGUUCUCCAGAUCAAGAUAUAUAAAUAUCCAGUUAAUUAAUUCAGCACCAUUAAUUUGAAAAUCUCAUUCUCCACUGUACUGCAUUGGCCCUUUGUCAUAACAAGUGACUGGUUAUAUGUGGGUCUGUUUGGGGAAUCUGUAUUGUUACAUCAGUGUAUUUGCCAGUCCUUGUGUUCAUACCACAGUGUAUUACCUACAAGGUAUAUGCACAACAGAAAAUAAAGGUUAUAAAUGUGUAUGAAAAGACAUGUGCAAAAAUGCUCACCAAACACUGACCGUACCAGCCCCAAAUUAUAAACAGCAACCCAAAUGCCAAGCUUAUAAGGUAGCAUAUUAUGUAAUGAAAUACUGUAGAGAAAAAGAAAAGAUAAGAAAGAAUGGAAGACAGACGACAAUAGAUGACAGCUAUGUGUACCACUUACAACUCUUAAGCAUAAUGUUGAAGAAAAGAAGCCAUACACAAAAGAAUGCAUACUGUUAUUCCAUUUACAUAAAGUUCAAAAGCAGGCUGAUUUGGGCUAAUAAAAGAAUAGUGGUUACAUUGGGGAAUAAUGAUUGAGAAGGGAGCCAAGGGACCUUCCGGGUGCCAUAAUGCUUGGCUUCUGGAUCUGGGCGGCGGGGCAGGGGGCGGUUCCACAUGAAUUUACUUUGUAAAAGUCCAUUAAUCUGUGCAUUAAGGAGUUUUCUGGAGGUAUAUUAUACUUUGGUAAAUAAGUUGACUUUUAAACUUAUUAAACGUGGACAUCAAUCAAAUUCCGGUCUGCUGGAAUUACUUCCCUCUGCCUGCUUAGGGAUGAGCCUUUUCCAGUCUGUGGGUCAACAGAUAAAGAGUGCUGCAGGGUGUUGCUGCAGGAUGCUUGUGCGUGUUAAGACCUAGAGCCUGAGCUGAGCAGUGGUGUGGAGGUGGGAGAGGGCCAGCUUGCUGGAUGACCUCGAAGACUGGCUCUUUCCUGCACUGUGGUGAGGACACAGAGGAGCUGGGCCCAGGUGGGAAGUUGACAGUGGUGAAGAGUGCAUUGGUCAUUGCAGUCAUCUUAUUCUGUGGUUGCAAUGGCUCAGAUUUUUUAAUGGUUUGUAAGUGUAGUUUUGAGUUUUGAUUCCUUCAGGUGUGCUCGAAUGUUUAAUAUUCAAGUGUGCUGCUCAUAUAGAAGUUUUGCUAACUGCCCCCGCUUUAUGGACAAAAGGGAGAGUUGUUUGAUGACUACUGAUCUUGGAUCCUACAUGAUUACCAGGUGGUUUUAGCUCUACUGUACACCAGUUUUGUCCCAUGUAAAUAUUCUGUCAGGUAGAGAAGCUGGGAAAGAAAACAUUACAUCUUCAUCUGGGUCAUUUUAGGACAUACUGGAAUUAUCUGGUAUGGUUCCCACCCCACUCCAAUUAAAUCAGAAUCUCGAGGGGUUUCCUAAAGCAGGCAGGGAGAUUUUAAGGGGUAGCCAGAGUUAAGAAUAUCUGCAAAACCUUUCUCAUAUGGUGGGGUCUAGAGAACCCUGUUAACUCUGUUAGAGAUGAGAGAACAAAUAGCUCCAGAAUCCUGCAGGUGACAGAUAGUGGUGACCCUGUGACUGAGAGAUGGUAGGGAGAAGGAUUAAACUUUCAACUCUUUUGGAUUUUUUUCUUCAAGGAGUCCAGUUCACUUUUUUUUGAGGGGUAUAAAAUAUCAAUGAAAGGGAAAGAUUCCUUAGUUAAAUUUGGAGAAAUGGAUUUUAUAUUUGAAAGUGGUAAUCUGUGUGCUAAUCACUGUGCCAUAAGGAUUUUUUUUUUCUUUUGAUCCAGGGAAGGUAUAAAAGCAUGUUGUAUCAGUUACCAAACAAAGACCCUGGUUGGUUGUUUGGAGUCUUAGUCUACCUGGAGUAGUCAUCACUGUGCAGCCAGUGUUUCCUGGUGCUUUUCCUGGGGCUGUUUUGCUAACCUCAGCCACUGAGGAGAGGAGAGCGGUCUGUGUACCUAUGUUACUCUGUGUCUUGGAGGGAGAGCAUCCCCAGAAGGAAUAGUUUUUAGAAAGAACUAAUGUGACAGAGACAUGAGCACUAUUCCUGGAGAGAGGUAAUUGGAUACUUCAACCUUUGCUGAAACAAAUACUUUUCCUUUAACCAUCUCAUCUUGUGAUCCAAUAGUACACCUUACAUUUAGCAAGUGCUGUUUACUCAGAGAAGAUUGUAUAGUGACUCUUGCCAAACAGGUGUCUUUUGGAAUGGGUAAUUUACACUGGGAGGUAUGUUCCAGUGCCCCUCCUUAUGAUGGGCUGACAGGCUGGGCUGGUGAGUCAUGACCUUGGGGUGAAUGUGGAUUUUCUGAAUGCCAGAGCAUUUUCCUCUUGCCAUGUUGUGGUCAGGAAGAGUGAACAUUGAACUCCCAGUGUCUAUAUAAUUAUUUUAUUGACUGCAAAGUAGUAACAUGAAAAUUUCAGUUUUCACAUGUUUGUAGCCUUAGUUAUAUGGUAUGUACUCUUUUUUCCUCUUAACUUGACUGUGCAAUUGGGAGGUCAUCAUUAUUCCUACUUAUUUUCUUGGGUCAGUAUUUUUGUCUUGUGAAUUUACAUUGGUGAAUUUUCUAGCAGAGACGCUCAUGCCUCUCACUUGUCUUAAGUAGGCAUCAAGGAAGAGAAAUGAUGUAGUGAGAAGGCUGAGUUUUGGGGGACUCCUGUUCAAAGGGUGGAAGGGAACCCACAGUUUGGCAACUGCAGAAGUAUCCUGGAGCUGUCUUGAUCUUGAUUGUGGCCUUCUUGUCAACAUACAUACCUCUAACAGGCAGCUUUAUUUGCUUAGUUCUAAACCAGAGAUAGUCGCAAUGAACUUUAGCAUUCUUUGGUAGGAAGAGGAAGCCUGUAAGCUCUGAUAAGUC